UUUCAAAAUUGUAAAAGCUAAGAACUAGUUUAGUUCUUGAAAUGAAUUUAUAUUUGUGGUGGAUACAAUUCCAAAUUUUCAACGUAGAAGCCAUAAGUUUGGAGCCAAUAAAGAUUGAUAAAAUCUCCAAGAAUUUGAGUUCAAUUUUCGGUAUCGACACGAGAAUUUUGUUGAUGAAUAGGUCUGUCCUGCGACUCUGACGAGCAUGCUGUCCAAUUUGCAGAAAGAAAAAAAUCAUAAUUUUGCAUAAAGCGUCAACCCCCAUAACAAUUUGACUGAGACAACCCACCGAUUGAAAACGCCAGUGACAGAAACGAGAAACUAGAUACGGAUUAGCGCAUAAAGAAUAAGUAAUGAGAUAGAUAGAUCACAGAAGCGAAGCGAAGCGUUAUGUUACCCAAAAUGUCAACCAUGUCUAUGUCCAUGUCCUUGUCCUUCCAAUCUGACAUGCUCUCUACUCUGUGCAAAGGCUCUUCCACCUUCUGCUCCCUCCCACGCGCCACCGCACCCUUCCGCCUCAGGGCUUUCUCCACCGCCUUCUCCGACAAGCCCUCCGUCUGCACCGCCGACGAACUCCACUAUGUCUCCCUCUCCAAUUCCGAUUGGAAACUCGCUCUCUGGCGCUACCACCCUUCGCCUCUCGCACCUCCGAGGAAUCAUCCUCUGUUGCUAUUGUCGGGAGUGGGAACUAACGCCGUUGGAUAUGACCUUUCUCCUGAGUCAUCAUUUGCACGUUACAUGUCUGGUCAGGGAUUUGAAACUUGGAUUCUUGAAGUACGAGGAGCUGGGUUGAGUAUUCAGGGUUCAAAUUCCAAAGAUAUUGAACAGUCUGCCAAUGCAAUGUCUGAGAAGAUGGAAGCUGCUUCAGAAAGUGCUAUUGCUACCAAUGGAGCAGUGGCUUCAAACAAAGAAUUGAAUAACGUCUCUUUUUGUGCGGUAUCUGAACCUGAGAUUUCUGCCCCUAAUGGAGUAGAAACUGAAAAUGUGGCAAUCAAAGGUGAUCUAACUAGGUUAGGUACUGUUUGGGAUGAAUCAAAGUUGGUGGCAAGAUUGACCGAGACUUUAAUGCUUUUGUCAGAAAGAGUCUCUGGGUUUCUGAGCGAAAGUCAAUCAAGGGUGAUGUUUACCAAAUUUCUAGAUCAGAUUUCAAAACUUUUGGUGGAUUCUCCAUUAUAUGAACAAUUCAAUGAGGUAAGGGGAAAGCUUUCAACUUUGUUCGAAACAAAGCAAAACACUGGUAUUACUAGUCAAAUAACUGAUCUGAGUCAAAAACUAGUAAAUAUUAUCGAGGAAGGUCAGCUAUCUGUUUCUCCUCCAUUAUUUGAUCUACAAGCUCGUUUUACUUCUACAAUCGAAGAUUUUCAGAAGCAACUUGACUUGAUGGUGAAGUAUGAUUGGGACUUCGAUCAUUACUUGGAAGAAGAUGUUCCUGCAGCGAUAGAAUACAUAAUGAAACAAAGCAUGCCUAAAGAUGGAAAAUUGCUUGCAAUUGGACACUCCAUGGGUGGUAUCCUGCUUUACUCCAUGCUGUCACGGUUUGGUUUUGAAGGAAAAGAAUCCAACUUGGCUGCAGUAGUUACACUGGCUUCAUCUCUGGACUACACAUCAUCCAAAUCAACUCUGAAGUUACUCUUACCGCUAGCAGAUCCUGCACAGGCUCUGAAUGUUCCUGUUGUUCCUUUAGGGGCAAUGUUAGCAGCAGCUUAUCCUCUUUCUUCUCGUCCACCAUAUGUAUUCUCAUGGUUAAAUACUUUGAUUUCUGCUGAGGACAUGAUGGAUCCAGAUUUAUUAAAAAGACUUGUUUUGAAUAACUUUUGAGGAUUGGUUGUGAACAUGGUAUCAGAGCUGCUUUGAGCAAGUGGUAAGGAGUUUGAUUCUUUUCCCCAUUCUUUUGAAUUUUGGUACAAAGAGAAAUGAGCUAGUGCAUAGGAUUAUUUGUGACAUAGCAUGGGAUAUAGUUUCUUUGAACUGCUGGGUAGUGCCCUUCAGAUAGUAAACUUCAUUUUGGAACCAGUAGUGAUAAGUCAAUAUCUGGGUUGUCAUGUCACAACUCUGUUGUUAAAUUGCAAACUAUUGAUUCUUAUCGUCCGUAAUUGCGAAAUUCAAUUCAUUUCCAAAGUGCAGUUGAUAUUUUAAAUAAUGGUGGAGUCAACAGCUUCAUUGUUGGAUUAAUACUAUCAGGCAAAAAUUGAAUAAUUCCUGGCCUUUCAUAUUCUCUUAAGAAAGUGUGAAAGAGCAAUCCAUUCUUCUAAUGUGUAUUUUAAGUGUCAAAUUUGUGGAAUACAUUCUUUGUGGACUUAACAGUUUGGUUUCUCAUGUUUUGGAUUCUUACAGAACCGCUGUUCGACAUGCCUUCUUUCUAAUGCUUAUUUAGUUGUUUCAGUAUUUAUAAACUAUCCUGGUGGCUCCAUUUUAGAGAUAUUAAGAAUUGUGUGUUAUACAUUGUUAUUUUACAGAAUCUUAACAAGUAGGAUAUUUGUAGUUAAAACUUAUAUAGUCUGGAAUAACACUGUUACAGGAAGUGCAGUGCACAUAUUUUUAUUCUUUAGUUAAGCAAAUUAUAUAUUGACUAAUCAAUAUUAUUAACACCCGACCUUCAUAUGAUACAAUUACAACUGGUAGGCACCAUACCCGCAAAACUUGUCUUGCAGCUCACAACAGCAUUUCGAGAGCGUGGUUUAUGUAACAGGAAUGGGACCUUUUUUUACAAGGAUCAUCUACACAAAAGCAAUACCCCUAUCUUAGCUAUUGCUGGAGAC